GAAACUCAUGCAAUAAAUUCAUCUAUCAAAUAAUUAACAUCUCCCACGUCAUCAAUAAUAAAUUCCAGGGCUCUAAAAUUAGGGUUCGGAAAUUCGGGAGGUUACAUGACUUCCCUUCGCAGAAUAGGUCUUGAAGAAAAUAAUUUAACAGGUCCUAUACCAAAAGAGUUGGGUAGUCUUGUUAAUUUAUGGGAACUCCAGUUAAAAGAAAACUAUCUAAUCAAUGGAUCAAUACCAAAGGAAUUUGGGAACUUGACUUCCCUUUCCUACUUAUUGCUUUACAGUAACAAAUUAACCGGUCAUAUUCCAAAAGAGAUUGGAAGCAUGACAGCCAUGCGUAUGUUAUUGCUUCAGGGCAAUAAUUUAAAUGGUCCAAUACCUUCCACCAUCGGGAAUAUGUCAGAGCUGACUACUUUAUUACUCUUUCAAAACAAAUUAUCUGGAGAGAUUCCAUCAUCCAUUUGCAACUUGAGAUUACUUUCACUCCUCCAUGUAGCAGACAAUCAUUUGGAAGGACCAAUUCCAAAGUGCUUGGGAAACAUCAAUAGUUCACUGUGGCUUCUUAAUUUGGGUGGAAAUCAAAUCACAGCCCUUCAAUCUACAUUUGCAGAAGGAUGUAGUCUUCAGGCCCUUACUCUGAAUGGCAAUAAAUUGGAAGGAAUACCUCACUCCCUAAUCAACUGCCAACGUCUGCAGAGCAUUGACGUUGGUGACAAUGAAAUACGAGGUGCAUUUCCCUUCUGGAUGGAAAGAUUCCCUCAACUUCGCGUCCUCAUCUUGAGGUCUAACAAGUUAAAUGGUACUAUGUUGGAGGCUUCAAAGACUGAACAUCCGUUUCCAAAGUUGCAAGUCUUGGAUAUAGCAAGAAAUGAUUUUGUUGGCUCGUUACCUGAUAGAUAUUUCAAGAAUUUUGGUGGUAUGAUCGAUGCUAAGGAAAAUCUAACACGCGAUGAGAAGGAUGCGCUCCAAGAAUUUAUAGACUUAAGUUUCACUUUGAAAGGUUUGGAUCAGACAUUGCGGACAUUGUUGGAUACGUUUACAACGAUUGAUUUCUCUUCCAAUAAAUUUUCUGGGAAUAUUCCAGUUUCCAUAGGCACUCUUAAUUCUCUAAGAUACUUGAAUUUGUCCCACAAUACUCUCACGGGACAGAUUCCCGUGUCUCUUGGGAAUAUAAGUCUUCUUGAGUCAUUGGAUUUGUCAUGGAACAGAUUGGGUGGAAAAAUUCCAAGUGAUCUAACAGGGUUGACAUUUCUUUCGAAAUUAAACCUAUCAAUGAAUAAUCUUGUGGGACAGAUACCACAAUCUACGCAGUUUUCUACCUUUCAGAAUGAUUCAUAUGUAGGAAACUUGGGAUUGUGUGGAGUCCCGUUGACAAAACAGUGUGAAACAACUGAUGGUAAACCAAUGUUUCCCCAAGAAGAUGAGGAUAAAGAGUCAGGAUUUAUAGAUGGAUUUGGUUGGCAAAGUGUGGUGAUGGGGUAUGGAUGUGGAUGCAUAGUUGGAAUUGGAAUUGGUUACAUGUUUGUAAGAAGCGGAAGGCCAAGAUGGUUAGUGGACUUCUUUUUUGGGAUGGAUAUAGUAAUAGUAAGAUGAAGAGAAGAAAUAGAGGAAAAGCAGCAACAAGGAGAAGGUGAUUCAAGACAAAUAUUGUGCUUUUCUUGAGUUUCAUUUGGAACACUAGCUGGUUGUGUCUAUGAUGAUUUGUGUUUGAUGUUUUGCAAAUAAUGCAUCUUAAACUAUCCAAUGUUGUAUUUCUAAGUUAGGCUACUUUUGUUUAUAAGAUUAUACAUAUUGUCUCUAA